AUGGGGUUUGGUUUCACUUGGAGGAACUGGAUUUGUUCUUGCAUAUCACAUGCCCACUUCUCCGUCUUAGUCAAUGGGGUUCCGGGUGCUAAUUUUAGGAGCUCUAGGGGUCUCAGGCUAGGUGACCCCUUGUAUCCAUUCUUAUUCACCAUAGUCAUGGAAGGUUUCUGCCGGAUGAUUGCAAAAGCGGAAGAAAACGGUCGCUUAUCUGGUUUCAAGGUAACUCUUGUCGGGCCCGUAGUGUCCCACUUGCUUUUUGCUGAUGAUACUUUACUCUUUAGUGCAGAUAAGGCUCAAAGCUUACUUACUAUUAGGGAAAUCUUAACCUGUUUUGAGUUGGUCGCGGGACUUAGUAUAAAUCUAAUGAAAAGAACAACAAUUAGUAUUGGCGCUACCACACAUGACGAAGUUGUGGAAAAUUUUCUCGGUUGCGCACUUGAAGAGUUGCGUUUCAAGUAUUUGGGAAUGCCUGCAUGGGCCUAUAAGUGCAAGAAGAUUUGGGACCCUGUGGUUGAGAGUGUGGAGAAAAGACUAGAAGAAUGGAAGAGAAGAAUUGGUAAAUACAAACUGGGAAUUCUACACAAGGUUGCAAAUGGGAGAAAAAUCCGAUUCUGGGUUGAUAGAUGGAUAGGGGAAGAGGCGCUUAAGGACAAAUUUCCUAAUCUGUAUGAAGUUACUAGAAAGCAAGGAAGUUGGAUAAGCGAACUGGCCAAAAACAACUCAGAAGAGCGCAUUAGUCGGGACUUGGAUUUUAAAAUAAGACUUACGGAUUUGGAGAUUAACGAGGCAGCUACUCUAUCUCAUCUUCUAGAGGGAACCGUAUUAAGCAAUGGGGAAGAUACUAGAAGGUGGAGUUGGGAGUCGAGCGGAGUCUUUUCGGUGAAGUCGUGCUACAAAGGGCUGGCGAAGAACUCAGGUAUCAUCUUCCCUUCUACACAAAUUUGGAAACGAUCAGUACCAACUAAAGUUUCUUUCUUUGUGUGGUUAAUUCAUCAUAAUGCUAUUUUAACUCAAAAUAAUCUAAAGAAGAAGGGAUGGAAGUUAGCAAAUAGGUGCAUUUUGUGUAAGUCAAAUGAAGAAACGAUUGAUCACCUUUUCAUUCACUGCCCAGAAAUGUAUGAUGUAUGGAUGUUCUUCAUGAAGGAAUUUCAUAGGGAUUGGGUUAUCAGUGAAAGUGCUACAAACUUGUUUAUCGAGCAACAGGCUCGCGGGCUCACCGAGAAUGGCAGGACUAUUUGGGAAUUACUACCCUUUGCUUUCGUUUGGGGAGUGUGGAAACAGAGAAAUAAGUGCAUUUUUCAAGAUUCAGAAUACUCUCAAGAAAUUUUGAUUAGGAAGAUUAAGGCUCUCUUAUUGUAUUGGACGUCUACAACAAUAUCUUUUAGAGGCAUUACUUACCAGAAUCUGCACUAUAACUAG